CGCGGCGGCCAGUCGUACCGCCGAGUCCACAGCCGACGCAACUUUCAUUCCGCGUCCGUCGAUCUACCGCGAAAUCGUAGUUAUCGCCAACGUCUCUGCAGUUGUAAUUUUCAUUCCCCCCUCCCCGCCAAGAAAAUCAAAUAUUCCUUCGACACUGUCGACUUUUUGGAUUGCGAAGAAUCUGACAUGAUGUCCACGAACAACUGUUAGUUAUAGUGAUCAUCCUUGGGCCUAUAUAAUUGUUUCCCGUGUAUCCGUGUACAUUAUACCUACUGCCAAUUCAAUGGGAAACGCGGGAACGACAAGAAGAGGAUCGAUAUUCUCCAAGCAGGACUCUACGGGUGAAGAUGGCUCAACACGACACAACAAGCGGCUUUCGAGCAGGCAAAAUACUUUUCUGGAAGAAGAAGAGUUUCCGCCAGAACCACCGGCAAUACCUCCACCGGAACCACUGACUAUGCGGCAGAAAGAGUUGCUCACUGAAAUGUGGAAAUUGUUAGAAGAGGACAUCGCAAAAGUCGGCGUCAUCACAUUCGUAAGCCUCUUCGAGACACAUCCAGACGUUCAACAAUCUUUUAUGCCAUUUAGAGGAGUUGAUAUAGAGGACCUGAAACACAGCAGACAGCUAAGAGAUCAUGCGUUAAGAGUUAUGGCAUUCGUACAAAAAGCUGUUGCACGUCUAUAUGAACCCGAUAAACUGGAAACUCUAUUAAGAGACUUGGGCAAGAAACACUAUCAUUAUGGCGCCAAACAGAAAUACGUAGACUUGAUCGGACCUCAAUUCAUUAUGGCCAUACAGCCGUCGCUAGUCGACCGAUGGACUGAAGAGAUGCACUCGGCGUGGACAGCAUUGUUUUUGAACAUGGCGUACAUUAUGAAAGGUUCGAUGGCUGCUGAAGAAAGGUUCAGAGUAAAGAAAACUGCCACUUAAACGACCAGUCCCCAUUUGUACACACCAAUGAUUAUUAUUAUUUUUAUUUUGUGAAUCAAUGUUUUUGUUCUACUUUUAUUUUAUAACGAUACAACGAUUAUCUAUUCAAUACAGUUGAACUUAGACAAGAUUAUUAUUAUUACUAUUAUUAUUCGCAACGUAAGUUUCGUUAGACAUUUAUAUUACAUUACAUUAUUAUAGAAAUCGCACGAUAUUUUCUUUAUUACCUACAGAGAAUAUCCUACGUAACAUCGGUAUUGUUUGUACAGCAAAUAAUAGUUAAAUUAAAAUAAACAUAAUAGUUAUGAUAAUAAUAUUGUAAUGAUGUAGGUAUUAUUGCAUUAAUGUGAACGGUUAUGACCAUGUUAUUAUACUGCUUGGAAUUAAAAUAAAAACAACAUGAUAUGAAUGGCGUUUAACUACUGAAA